CAAGGGGCGUGGUGUGUCUUGUUACAUAAAGGAGCGCUGAUCGUUGAUUUAGAGGAACAAACUGUUCACGAUCCUUUCCUUUCUUCACAAGUGCAGGUUGUUAAAAACAUGUCGACCUUCCUGUUAAGGAUCGGACACCUGCGAUGUGUCAAUCAGUGCUUGAAAACUCAGAGUUGGAAUAUACUGAGCAGAGCAUCGACAGCUUUGCCUUUCAGCACAAAAUCAUCAGGAUCCAAAAAUUCAUCAAAAAAAAUUAGGAAAGACAAAAGCAAGCCUAAAACAUACUUCGACAUAGAAAAACUUGUUCAACACAAGCCAUGUAACUUCCCUAAGAAAGAAGUUUCUCCAACUGCCUCAACAGUAAAUGAAGCUUCACUGGAAGCCAUAGCUUCUGUAGCCACAAAGCACACGUCCCCUGAUGCUUCAGCUGAAACUAUUGCAACCACUUAUGACAUAACAACUCAACCAGUGACAACAUCCUUUGUUAAAAGUGUACCCUCCAAAAUAACAACUGCUGAAUCUAUUGUUGAAGUUCCUGAAGACUUUCCAGGAGAAGACGCUCUAAUUUUAGAGGCCUCCAAAGUGGCUGAUGAGCCUGUAGUUGAUGUGCCACAAGUCCCUAUGCAUCCUGCUCCUGCCUCUGUAGAAUUGGCUCCUGAUCCAUUUGUGGACGUUGUGCUGGUAGAUGGGGCCCUGAACGUAAUUCAUGAAGCUGUGGCAAAUAAGAGAUCCAUAGAGCCUGUGGAAGAAACACCUCCUGCAGAAGGGUUUCUAAAGUCUGUGGUGGAAGGGGGUGGUGUGGAGGUGUCCCUGGAGCCUUUGACAGAAGCAGCCCCCAAGGAGGUGUCCCUGGAGCCUUUGACAGAAGCAGCCCCCAACGAGGUGUCCCUGGAGCCUUUGACAGAAGCAGCCCCCGAGGAGGAGUCCCUGGAGCCUUUGACAGAAGCAUCCCCCAACGAGGUGUCCCUGGAGCCUUUGACAGAAGCAGCCCCCAAAGAGGUGUCCCUGGAGCCUGUGGUGGAAGUGGCUCCCACAGAGCCAUCUCCAAAUCUUGCAACGAAAAUGACACUGAGAACUGUGUCAGAUGGGGUACCUGAAACUCUAACUGCAGACCUUCCAGCAUCCCUGCAGCCCAUGGCAAAAGCAGUUCCUCAGCCUGUGGCAGAAGCAGCUAUGUCAGAACCAGACCCUGCAGAUUCUGUGCCAGAGCCUGAAGAAGAGGUGGUGCUGGACCCUGUGGCAGAAAUGACUGAUUCUACAAAUGUAGUUCCUGGCUCUGAGGAUCUUGUGGACCCUGCCUGGGUCCUUUCCAAGACUGCUGAAGAAGAGCAGCAGCUGGAUUCCCCUGCUGAAGCAGUUGGACCAUCACAGGGUCAUAUGGACCCAGUGCAGAGGCUAUUCUUGGACUCAAUACGAGAAUACUCAACAAAUUCCCAGGCAGCUGGUGGUCUGGUUGAUGCUGACUCACAGUAUCAAAAGGGUUUGGAAGAGGAGAUAGCAAAGCUACAGAGACUGUAUGGUGGUGGAGACCUAACCAGUUUUCCUAAUUUCAAAUUUACAGAACCCCAGUGGGAUGAAGUUUCCCAGAAGUGAACCAUCAACACUUCAACUUUGUGCAUAGGAACAUGAAUUUGUGUGACUAUCAAGCAAAGGAACCGUUACCUGUUACUUAUAUGUGAAGAUAAAAUAUUGGAUUAGUAGAAACAGCACAUUUUGUGCCUGCUCGUUUUGCAUUAUUGCUAUCCCGUUAGACAGAGUGAUUUUAGAGAUGCACAUUAGGUUGUCUGAAUCUAAAUCUAAAUCAAUAAAUAUUUAGAUUUUGGGUUAGGUAAGCUUAUUAUAGAAGCCUAUAAUAGAAAACUUAUAGGCUUCUAUUGUCUCCUCUUUUCAUUCCUCUCAAGAAUUUUUCAACUGUAUGUUGAAAAAUUAGCAUAUUUCAUACUUAGCAAUCUAUGGUUACCAUAAAAAUCUAUGGUUACUCCUGAGAGCCAUAGAUUGAAAUUAAAUGGUUUGUAGUAAUCUGACAGAUUUAUUUCAAUAAAACAAGAUAAAAACAAACAUCAGAUAACUAUUUCAAUGAUGAACUAAACAAUUCUUCAAAUAAAAUAGAGUUCUUUUGGAAAAAUAUAUUGAAAUAAGUAAAACAAAAGAAAGAAAUAUGAAAUAAAAAAAAUACCAAGGGAAUAAAUGUCUUCCAAUCAGCUUUAUUUCUUUGAGUUCUUGUUCUAAAAAAGCUAUUUUCUUGUUCUCUUUUUUCCUUUUUUGUUCUCUGGUACUUGUAUGAAUAUAUAUUUUUUUCAAAACAGGGCUAUUGGGGAAGAAAAAUAUAUACCUAACAUUUAAAUGACAAAAACUUUAUUUUCUUCCUAAUUAUCCUUGUAUUAGAGCGUAACCUCAUGCCCACAAAAGGGUUUAGCUGGCAGCUUCUGACUUUACAUCCAUUAAACUGAUCUAGUAGAGUAUUUGCUACAGGCAGGACUUCUGGCAAUAUGGUCCUGUGUGACAUUGAUCUGACAUUCAUCAGAACAUAAAUCAUGUUCAUUAGGCGGUUUCUUUCAAUAACCAUAUUUUAAUUUCAUUUGUCUUUUGUUUUUCACAAUAUCAGGUUUUUUUUCUGACAUUCAUCAACUCCUCCCUCACUAGUUAUAAAAAACAAAAGAUCAGACUGAUAGGAAAUUAUAAUUAUAGUAAUUAUUACAUACUAAAAAUAAAUGUUUAUAAAGCACGUUAUAUACAUCCUGAUGAGUCUCAUUUGUCAGAUUAAAAAUACCUUUUGAAAAUAGAAGCAUAUUUUAUACUUACCUUUAAGCAUGUAUAAAAUGUGCUUUCCUUUAAGCCAACAUUUCUGUUUUUACAUUUUUUAAUUCUUUUUUCUUGGUUCAGUGUAAUAUUGUCAUUUUAAGUGUCAUGUUUUUAUUAGCUGUAAGUGGGAAAUCAACAGAAAUAAAGACUUUCAAACAUCUGUGUGCAAUUAAUCCAUGUAACGUUAAUCCAUGUGUUUCUCUCAGUGAUAAAGUUCGUAAUAUAAAUUUCCAAUAAUAAUAAUCAGAGCGACCAUAGGAUUGGAGUAUUAAUGCUAAUGUCUAUCUAUAGGCAUGUCUAUCAGACAAUGAUAAACAUAUCCAUUCUCGUAUUGGUUCAGUACGGGAUGCCAUUUAGCAGCCAAAUAAGGGACUAUUCCAUAUUUUCAGUUGGAGCAGAGACCCAGAUUAAUUGCCUCCACUUUAAUGAGUUUAUUCUCAGUUGAUUCUCUGUAUAUUUCUGAAGGGUUUUUUUGGCUUCUAAACGGCGUGUUUGAUAACAAUAAUUAAAACUUUUCAAUGUUUGACAUUGAAAAUUCUUUUUCCAUCAGGCUAUAGUUGGUGAUAUGUUGUUUGCAGCUGAUCAUUUAUGUGGUUAAGACAAACAAUGUUUUUAAUUCAACUUCUAAGUUAUGUGAAACUUUUGUUAAAAUCAUUUGAAGGCUCAGAAUCAACCCGGUUCUGGUCCACAUUCUCAGGGCAGAAAAACUCACCUGGUGUAAAUAAAAUAUUUAGCUAUUGGAGUUACGCUUAAUAUAAAUUAAUUUAAUUUAAAAAAAAGCCUGACCCGCCAAUUUUGAUUUCGGUUGAUACCAAUUUUUUUUUGUCUGAAAUGUUGCUAAAUAUAGCAAGAAAGUCACUGAGUUGGCAACAGUGCUGUGAAUAUUUUUAACUGCAAACAUGACCUGGUGGGGCAGUCUGUCUGUCAAAUUUCUCACUGCAAAGCAGAAAACGACAGAGACUGAUUUUUUUAACCUUUGCUUAUAAAGGUAAGAUCAGAUUCUUCACAUCUAUCCAAAAUUAAGAAAAUGGGCACCCAGAAAUGGACUGGCCAAUAAAACGGUUGACCGAUAAAUGGAUCCUAUAUCAAAACCAAAUUUUGCUAAGGAGGCUUAGGUGGGCCCUGGCUAUCAGCCAGCUUCCAUCCUAUUAUAUCAACAAAGAAAAAUUAAAUACAAUGUGUUGAAAACCUGUGUUUAAAUGACAAAAGUUGGAAAAAGACAGAUUCUCUUUGAGAUAAAAAAAAAACAACACAAAUCGUUUAAGAGGAACUCCACAACAGAGUUUAUUUAUUUAUUUUACAAUUUCGUUAGCUGCCGAUUAAACUGAAAGUUAUAACCAUGACAUGAUUAUAUGACUUGUUUUACAUGGAGUUAAAUUUGUUUCACAAUCAUUCAAUAAUAAUAAAAAAUAAUAAUAAAAAAUCAUGUCAAAUAAAAAAAGAGUUGUGAUCAAAACUUUUGGAUUAAAAAAAAACAUAAAAAAAUAUCUCAAUCAAAUUUUAAGAUUUUUUUUAAAACAAACAAAAAGAUUGCCUUAAAAGCUUUUUCUUUAUUUUAUUUUAUUUUUUUACCUGAAUGAAUCACACAUUUUUGUUUGAAACUGGGAAACAUUUGACUUUUUCUUCUUUUGUGUUCCCUCGCAAAAGGUUUUGCAUCCCCGCAAUACUGGGGAUGCAGUGCCUUUGCAUUGACGAGGAUAAAAAGGCACUGCAAACCUUUCCGUAACUAGGAAAGAAAUAAAAAUAAAUCCUAAUUUGAACUAUUUCUGACUUAUUAUGGGGUAAUAAGUCAUCUUGACAGUUUUGAUUGUGUCUCUGUUUGUAGUCUGAAUGGUUUAAAGGGCCAUUUUCAUGUUUAGUUCCAUCUCAACCUUAACAGACAAAAACAUGCAGUGAAUAAAUCGAUUUUAAUGAGUUUUUUGCACCAAAGACUUCAUAAUAAUAACACAUUUUUUAUUAUAAGACACAGCAAACUAAUGGUGGUAUUUAUUUUCUGCAUGUUUAAGAUGGAACAGCACUGAAAAGCAGCUCGUCAAACCAUUCAAACUGCGAACACAACAGAGACACAAUUAAAACUGUCAGAAGACUUUCCUACGAUAAUAACUCAGAAAUAGUCCAAAUUAGAAUGUUUGUUUAUUUCUUUUCUAUUUACGGAACGCUUCUGUUUAUAUCUUAGGCUUGUGGCGCUUUUCUAUCGUAAAGAAAAAGAUAUAAAACUUCAGAUAUUUCACAAAGAGGUAUUAACAUUCAUGGAAAAACCUCACAUAAAAUAGAAAGUACGGCAGCCACCGUAAGAAAGGCUGACAGUAUUCAGUUAUGCCACAUAAACUGAUCAGUACAGUAUUGCCAGGGAACGCAAAAGAAAAAAUUCCCCAUGUCCUCUGGGGGUUUCCGUACAGGCAGCCGAGAAGGACCUCUCUUAAGAUAAAUUAUCUCAUAAAACACCAUAUAUUUUCUUUUCCUUAAAGACGUAGAGCUAAUUAAAUGACAUAAAAAAAAUAACUUAACCCUAAUCCUAAUCAAUUAUGGAAGGAACAAAAGAAAUGAAAAACAUGAUCAACUAUAAUAAGUUAAGCACUAGAGGCAGUUAGCAGGGAUGAAAAGAUGCGAGCAAAUGUAAAAGUACACCAAAAGCUACAGAAUUUGUUAAAAACUGUGAUAAUACUAAAAAAACUAAAAGAGAGAAGUUCAAAUAUAUGCUGAGAGUGAAAAUUGACAAUGGUCCGUCCCUGGAAGGAGCUCGUUGGACUGGUGGUUGCUGAUUGGAGGACACGGAUUUGUUAUGUUCCGGGGUCCUUAAUUUCUUUGUGGAGUUUUUGUGCGUGCACUCGCUUUUCUCCACCACUAGAUGGCACCAAAUCCAUUCCGUCGGUGGGCAUGUAUGAUGUCACCUGCACACCUGAUGAGAGUUUAGCUCGUCAGCGGAAGGUUCAAGAGGAGCUGACUGCCUGUCCUUCGGCGCCUGAGUGUUAGCCAGUAACGGUACCUCUGAGCCCCUACAGCUUGUCUCUGGUGUUAUUUGCUGGGCUGCUCCUAGUGAUUGUUUCCUUGUUGCUUCUCCUACCUUCAGGUGAUCCCUCCUCACACCCUGGUUCCACUCUAUGCUGAUCCUUCCUGGCUUUUUGAUCAAGCCUUUCCUGGUAACGCCGUGGAACGUACCCACUGGUUGCCCGAGUUCCCAGACUCACCUUCUCCGUGUGACAACAAGUUCCUCCAGGAUUUCCACGGCUGGCAGUCGCACCGCUCCUCUGAACCCACUGAUCCUGAGCCUACCUUUCCGCCCUCUGACAUGCUUCCCGUUGCCUCCUGGGUUCCUGCUGACAUACACAACGACCACCUGGAACCACUCCGUAGUGACGGAGAGACUGAGACCCCGGACAUUGCAGUUACGCCCUCACAUCUCGAACCUACCGUCCACAAUGAGCCGAUUGUUCCCUGAACCUGCCUCCCUCCCUGGACCUGACCUGAGCCUCCAUAACCAAACCAGCAGUGUUCCAAUAAACUUAUUUAUUUCA